AUGGAACCGAUACAAGGUACUACAUAUCAUUUUGCCGAGGAUAAUCCAACGUCAACUAGUUAUCAAACGCCUAUAUCUGUAACAGCAACAAAUGCGCCUCCACCAGCAACAGAAACAAAGCCUUCAUCAGCAUCAGCACCAGCACCAGCACCAUCACUUGAUGAUAAGGGUGCAAUGGCUGCAUUAGUAGCUUGUGCAUGCUGUGCAGGAGGUGCCGUAGUGUGUUGUGGCGCAUGUAUGAUAUUUUUCGCAGCAUUUUCAUUUAUUAUACCUAUCUUGGAAAUUAUUAUUGCUAGAGAAUAUAAAGAUGAAUGUCCGGCAAAACCCGCUAUUCCACAUUUUUUAUAUUUAGCUGGAAUACUUGGCUUAUUUCCAAUCAUACUUUCCAUUGCUACAACCUGCAUUGGCUGUUGUGUAUCACAAGAACAAAACCCAAAUUCAAAAACAAUUCGGCUCUUAUCAUUAAUUCUACGUGUUUUAUCAGCAACUGCCCAGAUUUUAUUAGUUAUUUUCUUGAUUUACCUCAUCGUUAUAACAUUUAGUAUUUAUGGUAAAGUUCAAUAUGAUCGAAGAGAAGAAGAAGCAACAUACUGUCGUAAGGCAUUGUAUCGUUUUGCAAUAUUUAUUUGUAUACUCAAUAUUCUUACUGCAUUGUUUCUAUGCUGUGGUGGAUCACGCGCACCACAGAAACGGAAAAAAACUGAAACAAAUCAAAAUGCAAAUUCAGAUACAAAUGCAAAUACAAAUGUUUGA